CAGAGAUACUUAUAUUAUUUGGGUCUCUAAACCACUUUUCUCCUCCAUUACACCUCAAGAACCUUAUUGCAAAGAAGGAUUUAAACCAUUUUUUUUUCGAAGAAGAAGAGAACAAAUAUUUUCCAAGAAAAUCUCAGAAAGAGGUAACAUUGGAGAAUUGGGAAGAUAUAUAAAUCAGGCGAAAAUGCUCGGCGGCGGCGUCGAUCUGAACUUGAAGGAUACCGAGCUGUGUCUGGGACUUCCCGGCGGCGGAGAGACGGCGGCUCCGGUGUCCGGAAACAAGAGAGGGUUCUCGGAGACGGUGGUGGAUCUGAAGCUGAAUCUGAACAAUGAGCCUCGUGAUCACAAGGACUUAGGAUCUGUCACGACAGAGAAAGAUCCUUCUUCCCUUGCUGCUGUCCCUGCUGACAAUAGUUCUUCUUGUCCCAAGGACCCUUCCAAACCUCCUGCUAAGGCACAAGUUGUGGGUUGGCCACCGGUGCGGUCUUACCGGAAAAACAUGACGGCGAUGAGUCAGAAAGCAAGCGGCGGCUCGGCCACGUUCGUUAAGGUUUCAAUGGACGGAGCUCCCUACCUGAGGAAAGUCGACUUGAAGAUGUAUAAUAGCUAUGAAGACCUCUCUAAUGCCCUGGCCAAGAUGUUCAGCUCCUUCACAACGGAAAAAGGAAACUAUGGAGCACAAGGGAUGAUAGAUUUCAUGAACGAGAGCAAGCUGAUGGAUCUGCUCAACAGUUCCGACUAUGUUCCCACCUAUGAGGACAAAGAUGGUGAUUGGAUGCUCGUCGGCGAUGUCCCUUGGCUGAUGUUCGUUGAAUCAUGCAAACGCUUACGUAUAAUGAAAGGAUCCGAAGCCAUCGGUCUCGCCCCGAGAGCAAUGGAGAAAUGCAAGAACCGAGCUUGAAAGAAUCCACUAUAUAUGUAAUAUAUAUGCCAUCAUUAUGGAUUUAGUUAACACAUUUAUGGUGUUAAUUUUUUUUCGACAAAAACAUUGUUCGAUUUCUACUUUAAAUGUACGUGUUUUGAUCUGGAUUUGGUAUAUAGAUAUAGUAUUAUAUUAUAUAUGUUCUGAGAUGCGAGACACUUGUAAUGGACAAGAAGUAAUAAACUUGAACCGUAUGCGUCUCUUUA